AUGGCGGAAGAAAACUCCGAUAUUUUGCUUGGUUCGGUACAAUUUGUCCUAAGCAAUUGGUCAGUUUUACAAGUCGCUGUUGAAAAUGGUUUUGGAGGGGCAGAUACUACAGAAAAAGCAAAAUGGAUGGUAGAUGUUGUAAACCAAGUGUUGCGAGAUAACAGUAUGUAUAGAAGUUUGUCUUUUCUGGAAAGAUGGAUUCGAACUUGUUCGAUAAAAUUUCUUUGUGUAGUUAUUAUAGCAUGUUUAAUGCUUUUGAAUGUAAUCACCGGCUAGAGACCGUUGAGGCUGACCAUUUUGUAUAAGGUUUUAACAAUAGGAUUGAGAUCUUGACUAAAGUUUCGGCUUUCUCGUCCAAUGUACAAGUGUUGCUUUCUAUGUAUAGUUUAAUUUCACGUGAUAAGACUGAGUGUUGUCUAGUGCUGUGAUUAUGAAAAUUUGGGAUCUUGAAGUAGUAGGAUAAACUGAAGUAUUGUUAAUAGAAGGGUGCGAGGAGUUAAAGGGAGGGGAACUGAUAUUUUCCUCUGUGCUUGUUUAUUUAUAUAUUUAAUUUUUUUAUCACCUAGAAGGUGACGCUUUUCUUACUUAACUGGACUAAAAGGCGAUGACAUUAGAGGGGAUGUACACAAAAUUUGGCCACAGAAAUGAGGAUAAUACCACCUUCUCCCCACAAGAAAAUUCGAGAAACAUGAAUGAACAUUAAAUAAAACAAGCAUUUCAGGAAUUUUGACCAGUAUAUCCAAUAACACUGUCCAAUUACAUGGACUAUCUCAAUAUGGCUUGGAUAUUACCCCAGUUAGCCAACUAAAAAAGAAAUCAAAAUCCUGUGACAUUUUGUUUUUUGUGGUGAAUUAUUUACAGUGGAGCAUAAGAGAAAAAAAGUGCUAAUUCAGGGCACAAGUUUUAGUUGCUAUAGCUUGCAGUAGGUCAUCUUUUUUGAUUGGGGUGAUUUCAGAUAUUUAAAUGCCAUUAUUAAUGUUUUUAUUUGUUACAGAUACCAUAGAAAACUAUGAGUUAGAGGAUUACAUUGAGGAGAUAUUGUUUAAUGAAUUUGACACUAUGGUGGAAGAUGGUAGUUUAUCAAAGGUAAGAAUUGAAUAAUUACUGUCAAACUUAUUAAACUUUGCUCUGAGAGAAUAAAUCUGGGCCAGGGUGUUCAAAGCUGGAUAAAAUAACCCAGGGUUAGUGUGAAAUCUGACUGCAGAUCUGAAAGCUUCAAAAGAAAACUCUGUAUAAGUUUACUCUUUAAUUUGGGCUAUUACAUGUAAUAGGGUUGCUAUUUAUAAGAUCAGAACAGGUAAAGCAUCAAGUUGCAGCAACUUAUCCUAAAGGCAGGUGGCAUUAGAAAUGUGCCUUGUGUGAUGCAGACAGUCUUUGUUAAAUUUAAACUUGUUUGAAUUUGUGCAAGUGAUCACAGGAGGAAAGUGAGGCACAGGGACUUGUUGUGGAGGCAAUACACCUCAAACAAUUUUCUGAGAAGAUGUUUUGGCAGCAACUGGAAAUUUGAAAGGCUGCAUCAUGUGAUUGCAUAAUUUGCAAAAUUGAAAUUUUUCUCUCCUUUUCAUGGGCAUGAUUUAAAACAAUAAUCUUAGAGGUUCAUGUUUUAUUAUUAUAUUCUACUCCAUUUGUGGGGCAGGUUGCACAGAAAUUAUGUGAAUUUCAUAGACUAUGGAAGGAAGGAAAAUUACUGCAGAUGCAACAGCAAAUAAGCUCAGCUCCUUUAAAAAGUUUACACCUGCAGUCAAAAGCAAAGCAUCAGCAGCUCAUAGUGAUAGUGAUGAUGAUGACAUUGAUGAGGAACAAUUGAGGGGUACCGAAGUUCCCUGUAAUGGUUAUCACAAG